CAAAUUUGAAUAAAUAGGUACAACAGGUAAAACUGCUACCUAAUCGCACUACGCACGUCCCAGUUCCCAACAAUAUAGGUCACGUUUAUAGUGUUAAUGGCUAGUCUAAAGCUUGCCGCGUUAGAACUCAUUUCUUUAGCGCGUCUCGAGCCAACGGAGCAUCUUCUUUUGAAACAAUUUGUAGAGGGCGCUGUCGAUCCAGAGCGAGCUGCACAGUACCUCCUUUCAAACAUAAACAAGAGCUCCCACCAAGAAGUGGAAACCAGCCUGCGGUGCUUCAAGAAGGACUGGAGGGACUUGGUGAUGACAUUAAGGGCCCUUGACCCAAUCCCCGUGUGCCUUGACGAGUUGGUUCGCCGUAGAGAUGGGCCUUACUGCUCCACUAGCAGCAUAGAUCCGCCUAAGAAAGGCAUCGUGUCAAUGUCAGAAACCGCGUAUAUUAUUCCUCCGUCUAUGUUUCAAAGCGUCGAUUUAGCUAAAGAUGGACGCAUGCGUACAAUACUAGAUGCCUUCUUAUCGCCCUUACACAUAGCAAGAUUACGAACUCUUCUCCAAAGUCACGGCGCUGACGAUAGAACCAUCCUUCAGAAUCUAUGGCUGCUCUCACCAACUAUUCACAGAGCGUUUCGAGGCGGGCACGUUAACGUUGAGGCACGUGGGCUAACAUCGAAGAACCCUGAGACUGAGUUGCAAGAAAUAGAUAGCGAGCCCGAAGGGACAAAGUUGCCCGAGGCUGGCCCCAACAUCGAUCAGUUGGUGUUGGCCUUCGAGGCAAAGGCGUACAUCGGUUCAACGAACUCGCCCGAAGAAUGUUCUAUCGGGCUGGGCGCUGGCUCUAUGGAGUUAGCUCCUGUCCAGCGAGUGCCUUUUGGGUUGGUUAUUAAAGACUGUCUACGAUCGUAUGAGAACGAAGUCAAUGCCCUUCGGCUCGUCGGGCACCAUACAUCUGUUCCGGCACCGCGGAUAGUUGACACUGGAGUGUACGGUAACAAGAAAUAUCUAGUUAUGUCACGUCUACCUGGUCAGAUGCUCGGUGAUGUGCUCCAUCUCAUGUCAUACGCGGAACGAGAUCGCUUUGCCGACAAACUAGGGGAGUGUGUCGCACAGAUUCGACAAAUUCCCAAUUUUACGCCACACCAUCUCUGCGAUACUCUUGGUGGUCCGUUAAGUGAUCAUCGGAUACCCGACACAUGUGGUGGACCAUACAACACUGAGGAGGACUUUAAUGAUCAUCUCACAAGUCAUUUGAACUGCACUUCAGCUGCUUUCUUUAACGGGCAAACCCCUCCCCAAAACCACACUAUAUAUUUUACGCACUCCGACUUCCACUGGACUAACCUAUUAGUUGAUCGGGGGCAACUUAGUGGUAUUGUUGAUUGGGAAAUCGCUGGGCACAAGCCGGAGUACUGGGAGUACACUAAGGCUGUGUGGACAAGUUUGGGGGACCCCAUCUUGCAAGCCUUGUUCCACCGCGCAUUUAAGAAAUUUGGUAAUUACGAGGCUGAACUUGCAGCGGAGAGGAAGUUGUGGAGAUAUACCCCCUUUGGCGUUUAA